AUGGGCGACGCGGAGGCCAAGGGAACGCGCAGCCGGCGCAUGUCCAAGCACGCAGCCGACGAUAAAGAGGCCAACGACAUGGAUCUGCACAUGCAAGACGUGAGCGCAGACGACAAGCCGAUCAUCACCAAGCGCAUGAGCGGGUGGGGAGUCGAGGGCGAUGAGGCCGCGGCCCCGACGGCCAGCGGAGAACAAGAGCCAUCCGAGACGAAGCGCGGUCGUCGGCGAAAGGACGAGAAGGCUGGCGACACGUCGAAGCCCAAGAACCGCCACUUUGACGACGACGGCGAAACAACAGAGCUCGCCGAGAUCCCCGACUUGGAAGAGGAGGAACGCGAGCCCGACAUCACGACGCAGAUUGCCGAGGCGCCGCGCAAUACGGCGCGCAUUGUGCAGUCGCUCAAGGAGCUCGAGCGCGACGUCAAGUACGCGCUGCCGAGUACAGGCAGUAUCGACCUGCAGCUGCUCACGAGCUUCCUCUGCCCACAACGCGCGGUCAUUGAAGAAGACGAGGCUUGGGAUUUCGACUCGCUCCUCCGCGACGUCUUCCAGGAGGUCCAGAAGGAGCUCGAAGAGAAGGAGAACCAAGACGAGCUCGACGGGAACGGCGGCAUCACGGCGGCCGCGAAUUAA